CACCAUGACGGUUGUUUGCUUUCAAGCACGAUUUAUUCUAAUAAGCCAUGCCUCAACUUCAAACAUCACGUCUCAACGCUGCAACGACACCAGUGCUUCUCUGUCUACUACUUGUAAUCUCUCUGUUCCCCGGUCUGUUUCACUAUCUCUGGACACUGCCUUUUAGCCUUGUUGGAUUAUCAGGACCCCCUCAACCCCGCUCAACUGCCCCUCCAGUGAUAGACCAUUCGUCGGGAACAACCAUGAGCUUUUUUCAGAAGCAAUUCACCCUUCCUGCCAAGUCACGGGGUUCAUACCUCAUAACUGACCAGGUUGUUUCUUCACUUCCCGAGAUUCGGGAUUACAAGGUCGGCCUUUUGAACCUUUUCGUCCAGCACACGAGCUGUGCUUUGAGUUUGAACGAGAACUGGGACUCUGAUGUUCGGGAGGAUAUGAGCGAUGCUCUUGACAGAAUCGCGCCAGCUGAAGGACCCAAAGGAGAGGCUCUAUAUCGUCAUGAGUGAGUGCUUUGCGUAUAAGUCGCAAGCGGAGACGUUGACACCUGGUAGUGCCGAGGGCCCAGACGACAUGCCUGCCCACAUCAAGUCUGCACUCAUUGGGGCGAGCGUGACUAUUCCCAUUAAGGAUGGAAAACUUGCUACAGGGACUUGGCAGGGAAUCUGGUAUCUCGAGUUCCGCGCCGCUCGCCAUCAGAGACGGGUCAUCGCAACUAUCCAGGGGGAAAAGGUUUGAGUGAGAUGCACAGAAAAGUGGGACUUAGAUGUAUAGAAAACAGGAAGAAGAGAGAAAACCUAUACUUGAGCUUUUACACAUCCUUCCUAUACCGGCAAACAACCAAAAACGCCAAACACCAUCGCCGUGUCUCCGCAGUCCUACAGGGGGAUCAGCUUGUUCCAUUCUCCUCCUUCAUGUCUGUAUCAUCGCCUGCCAAGACUUUUGUGUACGGAACAUAGCCCUCUGGCGCGGCAGACCCUGGUGUGGCAGCGACGACAUUGCCAUUCUCAUCCACGAACUCAAAGUUGUAUCGACUGAGAAGAUGGGGAAUUGCAGAAAGCUGUGGGCCAUAUCGGGCAGUGUUGUCGUAGAGCUCGAAUAGAGGAACGGCCAGAAGCUUCAUGUUCUUGGGGACGCUUAGAACCUCUACAGGAAGAAUAAGUAUCCAGUUUCUCAAUGAUGAUAAUUUGACCUACUUUGUUUGGGUAACUGAAUGAAGUAGAGCUUCUUGCACUC